GACGCCAUUUCGUUUGUAAUCUCCGCCUCCCCCGAGAAACUGAUUAUCCAAACCUUCACGAGACGACGACAAUGGCGGAAGGACUCGUUCUGAAGGGCACCAUGCGUGCACACACCGACAUGGUCACCGCGAUCGCCACCCCAAUCGAUAACUCCGACACCAUCGUCUCAGCUUCCCGUGACAAAUCCAUCAUCGUAUGGAAACUCACCAAGGACGACAAAUCCUACGGCGUCGCUCAGAGACGUCUCACAGGCCACUCCCACUUCGUCGAAGACGUCGUCCUCUCCUCAGACGGCCAAUUCGCGCUUUCCGGAAGCUGGGACGGCGAGCUUCGCCUAUGGGACCUCGCCGCCGGUGUCUCGACUCGCCGAUUCGUCGGACACACGAAAGACGUGCUCUCCGUCGCCUUCUCUCUCGACAACCGUCAGAUCGUAUCGGCCUCUCGUGACCGUACGAUCAAGUUGUGGAAUACUCUGGGUGAGUGUAAGUACACUAUCGCCGAAGGAGGCGGUGAGGGACACGGCGAGUGGGUUAGCUGCGUUAGGUUCAGUCCCAACACGCUCCAGCCGACGAUUGUGUCGGCCUCGUGGGACAAGACGGUGAAAGUGUGGAACUUGUCCAACUGCAAGCUAAGAUCGACUCUUGCUGGUCACACUGGGAAUGUCAACACGGUGGCUGUGUCGCCUGAUGGUUCUCUCUGCGCCAGUGGAGGCAAAGAUGGUGUGGUUUUGCUGUGGGAUUUGGCUGAGGGGAAGAAGCUUUACUCUCUUGAGGCUAACUCUGUCAUUCAUGCUCUUACCUUUAGUCCUAAUAGGUAUUGGCUAUGUGCUGCUACUGAGCAGGGUAUUAAGAUUUGGGAUCUUGAGAGUAAGAGUGUUGUUGAGGACUUGAAGGUUGAUCUCAAGGCUGAGGCUGAGAAGUCUGAUGGAAGUGGUAGUGCUGCCACCAGAAGGAAGGUUAUCUACUGCACCAGCCUGAACUGGAGUGCGGAUGGAAGCACCUUGUUCAGUGGAUAUACCGAUGGAGUUAUCAGAGUUUGGGGUAUUGGACGUUACUAGUUUAUCCCAUCUCUUUGCUCUGUCUCUCUCCUUGGUUGUGUUUUUAUCUAUCACUCUUUUCUUUUGUCAACAAACUGAGAUUUUGCAAUAAUGUUUGGUUUUAUGUCAAUUCUAGGUUUGGAUCUU